CACGUCAUUUCUUCGCUCUAAAAUUUCUCUCUCUAAAUACCAUGACCGGCGGAAAUGUGCAAAGCGACGACGUAAUAGUCAUCUCAGAGUCGUCGCCCACGGCGGUGGAAGUCGAGCUAGCACGGCAAAAGCUUCGUCAGCACGGGGAAUUGGCUUCAGUUCUCAAUUUUCUCAACGUUUUCGAGCCAGUGAUGCAGAGCAAUAUAAAAGUAUCUGCUGAAGAGAUAGAACAUGCGCUGAUUGAGCAGAACAAGUUGCUUGGUCAGCUUCACAAAGCCCUUUUGAAGGGAAUACAUCCGGUGAGCAAAACACUGGACAGUUCUGAUGCUUGGGUGAUUGUUCUUAGUAAGAAACUUAUGAUGUGGUGGCCAUGGGUUGCUGAGGGAGAUUUUCCUUUAAAUGGAGCCAAAGGAGAGGAGAUAUCUAUAUACAAAGAACUUGAUCCAACAGUUCGUCUAUUUAUUCUUAAAGCACUUUGUGAAGUUCGAGCUGAUCAAGAUGAUAUUGUGUCAUAUAUCAACCACGCUAUAAAAAGUGGUACUGAAGUUUCUACUUUUCGAAAAGAUAAGCUUGCCGGAGAUGAACAUGGAACUGCAUUCUGGUAUGAUGGAAAUGCAACAAUUGGCUAUAGACUAUACAAAGAAGUUCUCACUUUUGAAUCCAAGCCAAGAGUUAAUGUGAAGGAUACUGUGCCAGCAAUCAACUCUCAGUGGGAAACCCUGGCAACAAAUCUUGAAGAGUUCUACAAGAUUGUGGAUGAAUUGUCAUCCAGUGAAGUUAAAUGGGAAGCUGUUGUUAGUAGGACUGUUGAAACUAAUGCCAUUCCUAUCCUUGAAAAACUUCAGAAGAAGAAACAGAGGGCGCUGCAACGUCAGAAAAGAGAACAGAUACUUCUGAAUGGUAUUCGAACUGCUGGAAUAACUCGGUCUUGCCGUAAUCUCAGGCCUGUUAAUUAUAGUUUUGAUGAUUAUGAUAGAACCAUUAAAGAAGCCAUAAUAUAUACAAAGGGCGGACCCAAGAUGAAAAUUCAGUGGAGGCGAAAUCAAAAAAUCAUAGGAAAAAACCUGGAAAAACCUCAAGAAAAAUAAAAAAUUUGAAAAUCUAGUGGGGGCGGCCGACCCCACUUGGCCUCAAGUGGGUCCGCCCCUGAUCCACGAGUACACAUUUCUUUCUUUCUUUCCGAUAUGACAAAUCUGAAAUAGUAGUUAUUCGGGUGGCAUUUUAGUUAAAUAUUUAUAUUGUUAAUGGUUGCUUUAACUUUUCCUUAUUUAGGUUAUAUGUUUACCUCUUGCAUGGUUCAACCUGCUUAUGUAGUUAGAAGUGGUGAUUUACAAAUAUUUUACCUAACUCAUUUAGUCGCACAAGGAUUUGAAUUCCACUUUGCAAAAUGAAGAUCUUGAAACACAUCCUUAUCUGGUUAACUAAAAAAAAUUCAUUGAGUUCAUCAAAUUAGAAAUACAUUGAUUAUUCACAGUUGGCUGCCUGAGAUUAGCAUGUGCAAUUUACAACACAUGCCUCUCUUUCUCUU